AUGACAACAAAGCGCAAGGCUCGAAGCGCACCAGCUUCUGCUGGGAAAGGGAAGAAGCCAUGGAAGGAGAAUCUCACCCUUGCACAACGCCUCGAGAUUCUUGACUACAUCAAAGCGAAUCCGAUUUUCUCACAGCUUGAUGUCGCCAAAUAUUACACUGCUCGCAGUGUUCCAUUCUCUCAAGGAACUGUGUCCCGCCUCAUUCGAGAUGAAGUGAUCCUCCGAGAGAGGGCAAAAGACCCAGCUCGGUUGAAUGAUAAACGACAGCGCCAAGUCGAGUUCCCAGAGGUCGAGCAUGCUCUUGCAGAAUGGGUCCGGCAAGCAGAAGGGCAAGAUCUCGGUCAUAACUACUUCUGGAACCGGAAAUCAUGGAUGAAGAGCGACAUAUUCGAACAGUACCUUAGCGAGUUCGAUCAUUAUCAGAAGGAGCUUGGUCGCCAUGCACUCCUACUGGUCGAUGGCUUCUCUGCACACAAGAUCGAUGCAUCAAAGUUCACCAAUGUGCGGGUUGAGAUCCUACCACCCAACAUGACGUCGCAUAUCCAGCCUCUUGAUCAAGGCAUUAUCCGAUGCUUCAAGGCUCAUUAUCGCAGCAAAACAAUCCACCGUGCUAUUGAGCGAGAGUCAGGAGGAGCUGACAUGCAGCAUAUGUAUGAGAUCAACCAGCUCGAAGCACUGAAUCUUGCGGAGCAAGCAUGGUGGGAAGUGAGCGAAAAGACAAUUCAGAACUGUUGGCGGCAUUCCGGUAUCCUUUCCCUUGGAACAGCAGCUGGAACAGUCAUGCCAACUGGUCUCGACGAGCCACUCAUUGUAGAGACACCUCCGACACUGAUUGAGCAAGAAGAAGGUAUGCAAGAUGCGAUCCAGGAACUUCAGUCCUCUCUCAAAGCACUUCAAGAACGAGGAAUCAUAGCACCGGCUGCUAUGAUGUCUGUUGAGGAGCUGGUUACUGUACAGGAAGAGCUAGAGGUACCGGAGAUGUGGACAGAUGAAGAGCUUCUUCAACAAGCGCAGGAUGAGAUACAAGCGGCACAAGGUGUAUCACAGCCAGAAGAGGACGAAGAGAUCAUUGAGCUCCCGAUCUGGUCAGACCAGAAGAUGCUUGCCGCUUGCACAGAGCUCGAGCGAGCACUUCGUGCAAGAGCUGAACCAGACCUUCGAACGCUCCUCUCAUCCCUACCAUCUGCAAUCAGGACACUCCGUCACCAGCAGAGUCUAUCAUUACAACAGCGCACUGUUUCAGAGUACUUUGCAUAG